AUGAAGACUUUUUUACACUGUUUUUUAAUUGCCUUCUUAAUAACGGCAUCUAUUGUAGCGAUUAUUUACAUGAUUUUCCCUACUUCUCCAAUACAAGUUCUUCUCCCUCAAACUGUUAGAACUGAAACAAUGAAGGAAAACGAAUCGAAAAAUAAUUUAAAAAACGGAGAUUUGGAAAAAAUUAAUGAAAAAAUUUGGAAUUCAAUCAAAAAUGAAAUUGGGCAUAACAAAGUUGAUUAUAAAUAG